AUGAACGAGGCAGUGAUUAAGAUUUAAUAGGGCAGAACUUAAUGGAAAGGGCUGGAACAGCAAAGCGCCUGGCUCAGCCGUGCAGGGCUGUGCCCACCAGCAGCCUGUACCCAGGGCACUGCUGCUACAUGCAGUGAAAGCAUCAGAUCUCAGCUCUGUGUGCCUGGGAACCUCAGCACAGCUAUUUCAUUUGGGUAUGGCUGAGAUGUCCAAAUAUUUGGCUGCCAGGUAGGCACAUCCCAUCUAUUUCUGCACUUCCUUCCCUGGGGCCAUACCUACAGGACAGGAAUUAGUACAGCCAAAGGACAGCCCUUGGUGUGAGCAUCUUCAUGGGAUGCCCUCAAGGUGACCACCGCAGCAUUCCACUCAGCUCUCCCUUCUCCCCACUUUGCUUUGGGAAACCCUGGUGUGAUCCCAGCCAUGGCUGUAGCUAAAUGGAGCAUAAAUGCAUGGCUGUUAAUGUGGUGGGGUGAGUGAGGCUGCAGACAUGGGGCUGAGUGUUCCCAGUUGGAGAAAUUAAAGAGAAAUAGGGUUUGAUUCCCACUGUACACCAGCUGGUGCCACUCCUGGUCCCUGUCCUCCCAGCACCCCAGGUACUGAGACAGAUGGGCAGAUGUUCCCAGCCACAAACUGAUGCUCACUGAGCUGGGGCCACCCCAAAAUCCCACCAAGCCCAGGCUGCAUGCCCUGCUCUCCAUGGCCCCACAUGGAGUUUGUUACCCUGUGCUUCCCAGGGAGGGAAACUGAGGCAUAGCUCAGUCAGAGUCCCCAUGGACAUUAAUCCAAGCAAGCCUCGCUGUUUGGGAUGGACACGGGAAUGCCACCGGGCUUGUCCUGCUGUGGGCAGGCCAGGAGAGCCAGAAAAUCCAGCCCUGGUCCCUAAUGGGGCAGUGGGGAGCGCCCAUCUCCAGGUGCGUGGGCAGGUCGGGGUGGGAAGCAGCCACAGCAGCACGUCCCGGGAUUUUCCCUGGGGCUGUGAAUGGAACUCCUCCAUUGCAUAUAUUUAUGAAAUUGCCAGAAUUAUUUGUGCGCCAGCAAAAUUCUGCUCCCCGAGCAGCACUUAGCGAUGGCUCCAACUCCCCCCCAACCCAACCCAGCUCCCAGAGGAGGCGGUGACGGGCGCAGGCAGCGGCCGGGCAGGGCGGCUCGGGCAGCAGAGGGCAGCAAGGCACCGAGCACCUCGUCGAGGGCCCUCGUGGCUUUGCCAGCCCCAGGGGGUGGCCCUAUGGUGGUGGGGGGGGCUCUAUCGGAGGAGGCGGCCGCUGCUCGGGCGGCCCCCGCUUAAAGGGCGGCGGGGCGGUGUGGGGUGGCAGAGUCGUGGCGUUGGGUCGGGGUUGCUGGGGCUGUUCGCUGCUCAGGUGCAAACAUGGGGUGCUUCACGUUCAUCAAGGUCAUGAUGAUCCUCUUCAACCUCGCCAUAUUUCUCGGUGGUGGGACCCUCCUGGGCAUUGGUAUCUGGGUCACAGUGGAUGGCAAGUCCUUCAUGGAUAUAUUUGGGUCGCUUUCAUCUAGCGUCAUGCAGGUUGUGAAUGUGAGCUACUUCCUCAUCGUCAUUGGGUCCAUCUUGGUGGUGAUCGGCUUCCUUGGGUGCUGCGGUGCCCAGAAGGAGAGCAAAUGUCUCCUGAUGAUGUUUUUCUCGGUGGUGCUGAUCAUCUUCAUUGCUGAAAUUGCUGCUGCUGUGGUGGUUCUGGUCUACACAAGUAUUGCAGAGACAUUCCUGUCACAGUUGGUGACUCCUGUCCUGAAGGAGAAGUAUGGGGAGGACGAUGCUCUCACACAGAUCUGGAACGUCACCAUGAAUGAGGUUCACUGCUGUGGCCUGAAUAACUACACAGACUUUAUGAACUCCCCAUGGUAUUUACAGCACAACUACACCUUCCCAGGUCCCUGCUGCAAGUCUGUGUUGCCGUGCACCUCUACAAUUGCAGCACAGGCCAACGUCUCGGGUUGUUUUGAUCAGAUCCUAGAAGAAAUCAGGACAAACGCAGAUGUGGUGGGUGGCGUGGCUGCUGGCAUUGCUGCCCUGGAGGUUGCAGCCAUGGUGGUCUCUAUGUACUUGUACUGCUACCUGGACAAGAAGUGACCCUGCGAGGCAGCAAGAAGCCAUACCCUCCCCUGCCCUGUGUUGGGGUGCUCCUGAGGGCCCCACCGCUCCCUGGGCCUGAUGCUGUCCCACGCACUGUGAUUUAUAGCUGUGGUUUGAUCUACUGAGCUGGGAUCUGUAGAGUUUAUACAUUGUAUAUUUUUGUACUGAUAUGGCACAAUGCAUCUGUACAUAGAGAUUUUUGUUGUUUUGGAGGGAGGAGCGCUGGAUCUGAUCUGCUGAGGCCAGCAGGAGGUAGGGCACAGGCUGAACUCAGGGCUAUGAAACAGGCGCUGGCCUGGCCCUGCCCAACCCCUGUGGGCAGGUGGCUGCGGUGCCUCUGCCAUGCUGGCACCUACCU